AUGGCUUUCGUGGGUCUUCCUCUCCCCCCAGAAUUAGUCGAAAUGGUGGUAGGAUUUCUACCUAGGCGCCGCGAUCUCUGGUCAUCAAGUCUCACCUGCAGACAGCUGAAUUUGAUAUCAACGCCCUCCCUUUACAAAACUAUAAUCCUCGAGUUACAAGAUGACAUAUUGAUAGCCCCAAGCCCGGCAAAGACACGGUACCUACUGUUAAAUCCCCAGCAUCCCAAGGCCCAUCUCGUUAAGGAGUUGGGAAUCGUUGCGAAAUUUGACUCGGUUGAACAGGAGAGCCGACUUUUUAGGAAUUGGAGGACCGAGUCUGCCUCUAUGGCGAAUGAGAUGCUCAUUUUCUUUAUUCGACAUCUUAAAAUCGGUCAGCUACGGACCUUUGUGUAA